AUGGCACAGGUGCUGCAAGGUGGGGACGGCAUGAUGGGUGGUUUUCCGCUGGAGCAGUGGUUCUACGAAAUGCCCGUGUGCACGCGAUGGUGGAUGACGGCGGCGCUGAGCGCGAGUGUGCUGGUCCAAUGUCACAUCAUCUCGCCGUUCCAGCUGUUCUACAGCUACUGGCGCCUCGUGACAACCUUCUUCUACUUCGGUCCGCUGUCGCUCGACCUCCUCUACCACAUCUUCUUCCUCCAGCGAUACUCGCGCCUCCUCGAAGAGAGCUCCGGACGCUCACCUGCGCACUUCUCGUGGCUCCUCACGUUUGCGUCAACACUGUUGCUAUGCAUUGCGCCUAUAUUCAGCAUGGCCUUCUUGGGGUCGGCGCUCUCGAGCACCCUCAUCUACAUCUGGAGCCGCAAGAACCCGGAUACCAUGCUCAGCUUCCUCGGACUGCUGGUCUUCAAGGCGCCGUAUCUGCCUUGGGUUCUGCUCGGCUUCAGUGUCGUCAUGCACGGAACGGUGCCCAAGGACGAGAUGUGCGGUAUCGUUGUCGGACACAUCUGGUACUACUUCAACGAUAUCUUCCCUCCGCUUCACAAUGGCCGCAGCCCCCUCGAUCCUCCAGCAUGGUGGAUUCGCCUGUUCGACGGUGCCCCGCCGCCCGCAGAGGAGACUCACGACGACGAUGCAGCAGCUGACCACGAGCGGAACCCCAACGAGGCCAUUCCUGAUGCUGUUCCGGCACACUAA